GGUAGCUUGAGGUCUCAGGGGAAGAAGUGGUGGUGAGCGGGGCCGCUCUCAGGACAGAAAGUGAGGAUGAUAAAGGAGAUGUACAAGGAUGCCAUUCGGACCCUCAACACCCUGCAGACCAACGCCAGCUACCUGGAGCAGGUGAAACGGGAGCGUGGUGACCCCCAGGCCCAGCUGGAAGCCAUGAAGGACUUUUUGGAGAGGAGCAGGCUGCAGGUCGAGGACCUGGAUCGACUGAACAUCAUCCACGUCACGGGGACGAAGGGCAAGGGCUCGGCCUGUGCGUUCACCGAGUGCAUCCUCCGCAACUAUGGGCUGAAGACAGGGUUCUACAGCUCCCCUCACCUGGUGCAGGUGCGGGAGCGGAUCCGCAUCAAUGGGCAGCCCAUCAGCAAGGAGCUUUUCAGCAAGUACUUCUGGCUGGUCUAUAACCGCCUGGAGAAGACCAAGGACCCGGCACACCCCAGCAUGCCAGCAUACUUCCGCUUCCUCACCAUCAUGGCCUUCCACGUCUUCCUGCAGGAGAAGGUGGACCUGGCAGUGGUGGAGGUUGGCAUCGGUGGUGCCUAUGAUUGCACCAACAUCAUCAGGUCACCAGUGGUGUGUGGGAUCUCCUCCCUGGGCAUCGACCACACCAGCAUCCUGGGGGACACCAUGGAAAAGAUUGCCUGGCAGAAGGGGGGCAUUUUUAAGCCCGGUGUGCCAGCAUUCACCGUGGCGCAGCCAGAGCGGCCACUGGAGGUGCUGAGGGACCGAGCCCGGGAGCGGGAGUGUCCCCUCUACCUCUGCCCAGAGCUGGACACCUUCAAGGGGGACCACCAGGCCCUGAAGCUGGGGUUGGCGGGUGCCCACCAGCGCUCCAACGCUGCCCUGGCUCUGCAGCUGGCACGGACCUGGCUGCAGCGUCGUGGCUGCCAAGGUGUAGGGGAGCUGCAGGACGUGCCGCUGGACACCGAGCUGGUGGGGAGGCCGGUGCCACUGGCCCCCACCUUUCAACUCACCCAUGCCAUGAUCCAAGGUUUGCGGGACACGGAGUGGCUUGGCCGGACCCAGGUGUUACCCCAUGGCCCUGUGACCUGGUACCUGGACGGAGCCCACACCACCAGCAGCAUCCAGGCUUGUGUCCGCUGGUUCCGCCAGGCAGCCCUCAACCAGGAAAAGCCCCAUGAUGGCUCUGAGGUGCGCGUGCUGCUCUUCAAUGCUACGGGGGACAGGGACACGGCGGCACUGCUCAAGCUGCUGGUGCCCUGCCACUUCGACUAUGCCGUCUUCUGCCCCAACUUCACAGAGGUGUCAGUGGCCAGCAAUGCAGACCAGCAAAACUUCAACGUGACGCUGGAGAACGCCCUGACCCGCUGCCUGGAGAACCAGCGGACGUGGACCCAGCUGCUGGAGGAGAAGGGGGGGCAGGACCCCUGGCUCCCUACCCCUCUGCGGACUGGGGGGCUGCUGCAGCCAUCCUCUGCCCGAGGGUCCAUGCUCCUGGUCCCCCCUGCCCCACGGCCCCUCAAUUCCCCUGCCCUCGUCUUCCCCUGCCUGGCCCAGGCGCUGCGGUGGGUAGCCCAGGGCCGGGACCCCCAGCUGGCAGCCCCAGCUGCCUCGGGGGCUCACCCCCACCCCGUGGCCAGCAGUGGGGCCGUGCUGCUGCGGGAGGCGGCUGCUGUCCGGGUCCUGGUCACUGGCAGCCUACACUUGGUGGGAGGGGUCCUCCGUCUGCUGGACCCUGCGCUCUCUCAGUAACAGGAGAGGGGUGGGGUGGGAGUCACACACACACACCGGGGGCUUCACGCCUCUUUUUACUUGAAGUGCCGUUUUUGCCCCCGAGGAUGCUCAGAGGUGGCUGAGAAGGGGGACACGACCCCCAGCCCCAUCCCAGCUUGGCCCUUUUCACCCCAGUGCCUUUUGCUUGUGCUCCCCCCACGGAGUCACUGGCCAUGGGAGUGUGCUUCCAGCCCCCAGCCCACCUUGGUGGGACCAACUUGGGGGAGUCCCCAUGAUUUGGAGGGGGUGCCCCAGGCUGUGUUUGGGUCCUAGCACCUGGGAGGGUGGAUGGUUGGGGGGGGGGCAGUAGGUGGGAGGCUAAGGCCGUGGUGAGACUCAGCAUCAGAGUGAGACUAAUUUAACAUAGGGGAGAUUUUUAUUAUUAUUAAUAACAGUUUGUAACUUGGAUUGGGAGCUAGGGGAUGGGUGGGGUUGGUUUCUGCCCAUCACCCCAUGGGGGGCAGCAGCCCCUCACCCCCUCCAUCCCCAGUAAAUCUCUUGCUCCCA